AUGCGGCUUGCGAACAUGACUGCAGGUGCUCAUCAUGGGGCGAAAGAGAAGGAUGAGCUUCGGCGUGAAGCGGGAAGUGUAGGUGUACAUGAUGAAGAGGCGGCAGAAGAGCGUUGGUAUCACAGCGAAGACGAGGAUAUAAAAUGUCUACUCGAUACCAGGGAACAUGAAUCGAGUACAGCACAGCGAACAUCACACCCCGGCUACCCGAAACUUGAAACAAGGAGUUUCCAGAACUUUGAUUGGCGCCACGAAACGAUUCCUUUGAGGUCAAUCUUUCGACGUUUAACAACUCCGAACUUCAACGCACGCACUGCUAUCAUGGUUGCCUUUAGCGCUGGAGCGCUUCUACUGACGCUGCGCGUCCUCCUUUCCGCCACCCCAUCCACUGCUGUGCCUGUUGCGCAAGCACCAGCUCCAUCAUCAGCACCGGCAGCACCAGCACCAGCAGCUGGUGCUUCCAGCUACUGGCUUGAGAAAAUCGAGCGCCAGGGCCAGGCUCCUUUCAACCCCAACCCAGCAUCUUACAAAGUCUUCCGUAACGUCAAGGAGCUCGGAGCCAAGGGUGAUGGCUCUACCGAUGACACUGAAAUCAUCAACAAGAUCAUCGCUGACGGCGAUCGUUGCGGCGAGGGAUGCGACUCUACUACCACAACACCCGCGCUCAUCUACUUCCCUGCCGGCACUUACAUGAUCAGCAAGCCCAUCAUUCAAUACUACUACACCCAGUUCGUCGGUGACCCAUUGAACAUGCCUAUCCUCAAGGCCACUCCCGACUUCGAGGGUAUGGGCUUGAUCGAUGCCGAUCCCUACAUCCCAGGUGGUGACGGUGCCAACUGGUACACGAACCAGAACAACUUCUACCGCCAAGUUCGCAACUUCGUUAUUGACAUCUCUGCCACUAAGGCUGCUGCAGGUAUCCAUUGGCAGGUGUCCCAGGCGACAAGUCUCCAGAACAUCGUCUUCGAGAUGGCCAAGGGUGACGCUGGCAAGGACCAGAAGGGUAUCUUCCAGGACAACGGUUCCGGUGGCUUCAUGACCGACUUGACCUUCAACGGUGGUGCGAUUGGUGCCUUUAUGGGUUCUCAGCAGUUUACCAUCCGCAACAUGACCUUUAAUGACUGUGGCACCGCUAUCUUCCAGAACUGGAAUUGGGUUUUCACAUACAAGAGCAUUUUCAUCAACAACUGUCAAGUCGGUCUUGACAUGGCCAACAGCCCCGCCAACCAGACUGUCGGCUCUGUUCUCCUACUGGACAGCAAGUUCACCAACACCCCCAUCGGUAUCAACUCGUCUUUCACCGAGAACAGCAUUCCCACUACUGGUGGUACCCUCAUCCUUGACAACUGCGACUUCACCGGCUCUGAGAAGGCUAUUGUCGGUGCUGCUGGUAACACUAUCCUCGAGGGUGGCAAGAAGGUCGAGACAUGGGCUCAGGGUAACGCUCUCGCUGCUGGAGCUACCCUAGGUCGUGUUCAAGGUGACGUCAACGGUGCACCCGCGAAGCCCCAGAGCCUCCAAGGUAACAAUGGUUGGUUCGAGCGCAGCAAGCCCCAGUACGAGAACGUCGAUGUCUCCAAGUUUGUCAGCCUGAAGUCCAAGGGCGCAGUGGGUGACGGUAAGACCGAUGACACGGCUGCUAUCCAAGCUGCUAUCGAUGGUCUUCAGGAGGACCAGGUUCUCCACGUCGACCACGGUGCCUACCUUAUCACUAAGACUGUUGUUAUCCCCGCUGAGAAAAACGUCAAGAUGGUUGGUGAAGUCUACAGCACUUUCUUCAUCACAGGCGAGUUCUUCUCCAACAUGGACGACCCGAAGCCUGGAUUCCAGGUUGGUGCUAAGAGCGGUGACAAGGGUUCCUUCGAAGCCUCCGACCUCAUCAUCGGUACUCAAGGUCCUGCUCCCGGUGGUAUCUUGAUGGAGUGGAACAUCAACGCAGAGAGCGGCGCAGCCGGUCUUUGGGACGUCCACUUCCGUGUCGGCGGUUACGCCGGAACCAAGCUCCAGUCCUCUAACUGCAAGAAGAACCCCGAUGCCACCCACGAGCCCAACCCGGAGUGCAUUGGCUCCUUUAUGCAGCUCCACAUCACCAAGAACUCCAACGGUUACUUCGAGAACGUCUGGCUUUGGACCGCGGAUCACGAGCUCGACCAGGACGACCACUCUCAAAUUGACAUCUACAACGGUCGCGGUAUGCUUGUAGAAUCUCAAGGUCCUGUCUGGAUGUACGGCACUGCAUCCGAGCACUCGCAAAUGUCGCAGUACCAGUUCUCUGGCGCCAAGGACAUCUUCUACGGGGCCAUUCAAACCGAGACGCCUUACUACCAGCCCAACCCCACUGCUGCCGUUCCCUUCACCAAGAAUGACAAGUUCUUCGACCCGGACAUGAGCCAAGCCAAGGCUGCCUGGGCUGUGCGUGUCACCGAUGGUAGCGAGAGCAUCUGGAGCUAUGGCGCGGGUACCUACUCCUUCUUCCAGAACUACGACCAGGACUGUGUCGUUGGUCAGAACUGUCAGCAAGACAUGAACGAGAUUGCCAAUUCGACAAGCAUCAACUGGUUUGGUCUUUCGACCAAGGCUUCGGUCAAUAUGAUCACUAUGGGUGGACAGGGUGUUGCCAAGGAUGAGGACAACCGUUCCAACUUCUACAUGUCUGAACCGUUGGACGAGUCUACGCGACCCGCGAAACGCGCGCGACUCGACGAAAAUACCGACAUAUCCCUCCCCACAACCUCUCCCGCACCAGCUCAGACAGCUGCUAUACUUUCAGCGCCGGCGUCGGUUGACACGGAUCUGGAGCGCGAAGUACGCGCCGGUAUAACCGAGUAUGUCUGCCCGAACAACUUGGGUUUCACGGGUAUCUUGAAGCAGAGAUAUACGGAUUUCUUAGUCAAUGAGAUCGCGCUCGAUGGGCAGGUGCUGCAUUUGAAGAGCACCGAGGUGGAAGAGAAGAAGAAGCCCGUGAAAGAGAAUGUCCAGGCGGCCGAAGGUAAAGGCGAAGACAAGUCAGAGAGCACAAUAGCGACCGACGACAAGGUCGAUGCUGUUAUGCAGGAUGUGGGAGUUGCUGGUGAGACAACCCUCGCAGUACCGGAACCAGCAAAGGUUGAGGAUGCGCCGAAAGAACCUGAAAACGAUGGGGAGCAGAUCAUUGGUAAACCAGCGGCAGCCAAGGAAGAGCCAGAGGAAGAGUUACCGGAAGACGAUCGCAACAUUCUACAUUCGAUAUUCGGCGAACAGACUACCGACGACAUUGUUAAACUCGUCCGACAAGUACGAAAACGCGAAUCGAAAAAAGCAAAGGACUUUAAGGCCGUCAUAUCAUCGCCUAUAACGGACAAGGACAAGCGCACACAGGCUCACCAGAACUUGCGUCGCAUCUUCCCCAACUUGCUCGAGAGUGCUAUGGAGGAGAACCAAUGCAUACGUAUCAAGGCGACUCCCCCAGCGGAGCGCAAAAAGAAGAAGAGCAAGGGUGGUGGUGGUGACCGACAAGACCAGGGACGGCGACGAGGAGGGCAGGAUUGGGAGGAGCUUGGUGGUGAAUACCUGCACUUCAACCUGUACAAGGAAAACAAGGACACAAUGGAGGUUGUUGGCUUCCUAGGAAGUAAGCUCAACUGUGGUGCCAAGGGUUUCGGCUUUGCAGGCACGAAAGAUAGACGAGCAUGCACUGUUCAGAGAGUCUGCGUUAGGCGUCAAACAGCGCAGCGCAUGCAAGCCUUCAACAAGACACUGUUCAAUGCUGCUGUGGGAGACUUUGAGUACCGUCACAACGACUUAAAGCUUGGAGACCUGAUGGGCAACGAGUUCACCAUCACGCUCCGAGACUGCCACUUCCAGAGCGAAGAAGGAUUAGACUUUGCUCAGCGACGGCAACUCGCCAACGAUGUGGUCAGCAAGGCAAUUAGCGACUUUUCCGAGAAAGGUUUCAUCAACUACUACGGUCUCCAACGCUUCGGUUCCUUCGCCGCAAGCACUGAUGCCAUUGGCUGCAAGAUGUUGCAAGACGAUCUAAAAGGCGCCGUCGAAGACCUUCUUGCGUAUAGCGACACCGCUCUCGCUGCCGCAAAUAACGAAGACACCGCUGUCCAGGUUUCCCAAGACGAUCGCAACCGUGCGCAAGCCCUCCACAUCUGGAAAACGAAAGGCAGCGGUGCCGAAGCCCUCGAAUUCUUGCCCCGCAAGUUUACAGCAGAGCGAAAUAUAAUCCAACAUCUCGGGUCCCGAAACAGCAAAUCCGGUCGCUAUGACCGCAAAACAGACUGGCAAGGCGCACUCAUGACAAUUCCUCGUACACUGCGUCUCAUGUACGUUCACGCGUACCAGUCUCUCGUUUGGAACACCGUUGCGGGAAAACGUUGGGCUGAACAUGGCGACAAGGUUGUUGAGGGAGACCUUGUUCUUGUAAACGAACACCGCGAUAAAGAAGAAAACGCACCAUCCAAGACGACGACAUCAACACACGAUCAGGACGGCGAACCCAUCAUAAACCCCUCCGGCACCGACUCCUCUCUCGCUCCCGAAGCAGAUUUCGAGCGCGCCCGUCCCCUCUCCGCAUCAGAAGCCGCGUCGGGAAAAUACAGUAUUUGGGACAUUGUCCUCCCACAACCGGGCUUCGAUGUUGAGUACCCGCGGAACUCAAUUGGAGAGUUUUACAAGGAGUUCAUGGGUAGUGAGAAGGGCGGAGGACUUGAUCCCAAGGAUAUGCGGAGGACUUGGAGGGAGGUUAGUUUGAGUGGGGGUUACAGGAAGUUUUUGGCUAGGCCACUGCAGCCCCUCACUUUUGAGGUGCAUGAGUAUAAGAAGGUGGAUGAGCAGUUUGUUGAGACAGACAUGCAGAGGCUGGGCCGGGAGAGGGACGUAGGCCACAAGGCUCAAGAGAAAGAGGACGAGAAGAAGGGAGAGAAUGCCGAUGCGCAAAUGGAAGACGGAGAGGAGAAAGAAGAGGAUAAGAUUGCAGUCGUACUGAAGCUGCAAUUGGCGAGCAGUCAGUAUGCUACUAUGGCGCUGAGGGAACUGAUGAAGGCUGGCGGUGUCAAGGCAUACCAGCCUGCGUUUAUGGGUGGCAGAUGA